CCUCUUCCUGCUGGCUGUCCUGGGGCCACCCACCCUCACCCUUCCUUCACCAGCCCAGACAGGUCUGGAGCCUGAGUGUCCCCCAGCUACUCUCCUGCUCGGCUCCUGGAAAUGCUGGCUGCUCCACCUCACCAAUCCAAUCUGGCUGGCUUGAUCCUGCUACCAGCUGUGUGACUCUUGGCCUCUGAGUGCUCAAUAAAACCUCUUCUAUCCUCUUACAUCUCGGUAGUUACUGUCAUACAGCAAACUGGAUCUGGGGACUGCACAUGGCUUUGGAGUCUGCACCUGGCUCUGAGCCUUGCACCUGGCUCUGAGCCUUGCACCUGGAUCCUAGGCUUACACCUGGAUCUGAGUUCUGCACUUGCCUCUGGGCUCUUGCACCUGGCUCUGGGACCUUUGUCUGGCUCUGAGCUGCUCAGUUGGCUCUGUGAUACACCUGGUUGUGUGUUCUGCACCUGCCUCUGGGCCCUGCGGGCUCUAGGCUAUUCGCCUGGCUCCUAGGCUCUGCACUUUGCCACUGGACUCUUGCACCUGGCCAGUGAGCCUGCACCUGGCUCUAGAACCUGGGCCUGUACUUGGCUCUGGGGCUUGCUCCUGGCUCUGUGAGGUCUACAGCUGACUCUGGACAUGCAUCCUUCCACUCUUUCUCUAUCAGCAGCUAUGGGGGAUGAGGUCAGCAAAUACGACCUGGAGCUCCUGUCCCCUCAUUCUGUGCUCUGCUGCUGAUCUUGUGGACAGCAAAACUCUUCACACUGGUCCCCACCCUGAGCAUCACUUAGGCCCUGACUAAAUCACACCCCUGUGCUGCCUGUGUCCACCACUGAGUGUGUGAUGAAGAUCAGGGAGCUCUGGCCUCUGGUCCAGCAACCAGAGGGUCCACUGUGGGGAAGUGUGGGCAUCCUGUCUUCCUAACCAUCCACGUGCUUGGGGAGGCUAAGCAAAUGCUAGAAUGAGGAGAACAGAGACCUGGCCUCUGGUUACCCCUUACAGAUAGAGGAUGAGACAUGAUGGACAACAAGAUAAGGACAGCCAUAAGCACAUAGUGACCACAGCAGCCUGGAGUGGUGAGGGAAUGUGCCCAUGGGAGACAGUAGAACACGAUGUCCAAAUGUGGGCAAAUGUGGCCUCCCCUUUGCUGAGGGACUUUGAGAAUUAUCUCCUGAAAUGACAGAUGGCAGAGCAAAGAGAACUAUUGGUCAGGGUGAUGAUGGCAUUGUCUCCACACUUGACAGCAGGGAUGGGGGAGGGUGUCACCUGUAGGUGCUAUUUUUAAACAAUCUAAUUUAUUUGCAUUCUUAUGCCUCUUUCUUCCUACUCCAAUCCCUUUCAGCUAUCCAACACCAGGUAGGAGAGAAAAAAGGUUAGUGGAGAGAGGGGGCAUAGUUCUCUUCAGAUACUUCCUGCUGGUUAAGGUCGUUGCGUUCCUUGGGGCAAGUCCAAUCUUCAUUUCAGGAUAUCUCCAACUUCUUGUCAAACUGCAUCAACAGUAACCAGGAGCACAGGGGGGGAGCAGAAGCCUUCUUCUUUCUCAGACUUCCCCACCCUUACCCCGUCACUCUCCUGGCUCUGGCCUUUAUUACCUCUCUAGAGGCCUCAGAAUUAAACUAGCUGCAAAGGGCCCCUCUCAGAGCCCAUACAAGGCCAGUAGUCUGCUGCUGUGGACAAUUUGAUUCAGCCCCACAUCCCAUACUUGGGAUCAAAACAGCAACAACAAAAAUAUGUUUACUGAGUUUUUUAAAGGCACCAAAGCUUUCACUACAGUUACCUUAUCAGGGACACAUUACCUUGGUGCCAGAUGACAAGGAAGACAGCCUCCCAUGGUGGCCCUUUGCUGAGGUGUCAGGUGUCUCCGUGUUGGCAUCCUGUGCUGGGUUUCUGCAGUGCCAGGGGAUAGCACUUGAAGUCACAGCAGCACCACUGAUGUGCCCUUGCUACAGAUCGCUGGCUAGGUGAUGAACAGCACGUGGUAUCAUCCUUGGGCCUUACUGUCACAGUGACUGCUGAUGUGAUCUUAUUGCAGAUGGCUUAAUCAGCAGUUCUCAACCUGUGGGUCUCGACCCCAUUGGGGGUCAGAUGACCCUUUCACAGGGAUCACCUAAGACCACCGGAGAACACAGUAUUCAUGACAGUAGCAAAAUUACAGUUAUGAAGUAGCGAUGAAAUAGUUUUACGGCUGGUGCGGGUGGUCACCACAUGAGGACUGGUAUUCAAGAGUCGCAGCAUCAGGAAAUUUGAGAGACGAUGCACCUGGUGCCUCCUGGUGUAGCUAUCACGGUAGUUGUGGCUGUAUAAGAAAGCUAGCUCAACAAGAGGAAAAUCAUACCUGGUUCCGGGAACCUUGCCAACUACCCAGGGCUAGUGAAAGCUAAACCAUUAUAAUCCUGAACUCCAUUCCAAAUGUUUAUCCCUCUACCCACACCUAAGUACAGUUCUCAUCCCUCCUUAAGGAAUUUUUUUUUUUUUUUUUUGCAACAGGGACAAUAACAGAAAAUAGAUCAAAAUGCAGAGUUAUGGAGUCCUGUCCCUACUGAUGCCUCCAUAACAUGCUCCUCCAUCUAAGGCUCAGGGAUGACUUCAGAAGGGCAGGUGGAAAGACCUAUAAGAGCCAGAGGACCAGGAAGUUUGCUGUGAGACUGUGUCUACUAGAAAUGCUGGGGAAGCUGCAGCCAUGAAGUCUCAGCAAUGUUGCUGCCUAAACGGAAUCUGAGCAAGGACAAAACAAAUAGACAUGCCAAAAUGGGCUUGACCCUACACAAAGAAGUACAGGCAACUCAGGGAUGCUAAGACAUACAGGGAAGAAUACAGCGAUUGAUUAUCCAAUACCAAGUGGAAAACGUACAAGUGGCAUUAGAUGAACUGAGCAGGUUGUAUUCAUAUACGUAGGAAUAAAUAGAUGGAUGAAUAGGUAGAUAGAUAGAUAGAUAUACAUAAAUACAUACAUAGAUACAUAGAUGACAAACAAAUUUGUGUGUGAGUGUGUAUAUGCAACAACAAUACAGAAAGAGAAACCAUGAAUUUGAAUGAAAGCAAGAAAGUAUGUGGUAUAUGGGAGGGGUAAGAGUGAGAAAAGGUAGGUAAAAAUGAUAUAAUUAGAUUCUCAAAAAAUAAAAAUAAAACUAGCUGAGCAUGAGCCUGUGAGCACACCAGCAGGCUAUGUUUCUCUGUGCUUUCUCUUUGGACUUCCUGCUUGGGUUCCUCACCUGACUUCCCUCAGUGAUGGACUGUGACCUUUCCCAAGUUGUGCUUGGUUAGAGUGUUUUAUCAUAGCAACAGAAAGCAAACCAGAACAUGCAGGCAUUCAGUCUUGGCCUGUACGAGGCCCCCUGAAGAGCCUGCUUCGUUUUUUCCAAGUUCAGAGCUUGUCGGAUGCAGGGAGGGCAUUUGUUAGAUAUCUGAGAAUGAAGGACCCCACCAGCACCCCUGGGGUGGAGAAGAACACCUGGGUAUUCUUUGGGUCUGAGGAAAGCUAGGAGCCAAAUGCUUUGAAAAAUUAGGGCUUUGAAGCACUCCCAGAGUUCUAGAAUGUUCCAAACAUGACCACAGAGGCACAUGCUGAGAGAGUCGCUUGUGGCUGAGCUUUGAGCCCUGAGCAAACAAGGAAGUAAAAGUGCAACAGGAAGUGAAGAGGAGGAGGGUGCCAACUGCCAUCUGGUUGCUGAGGUGAAGCCCCAAAGGUAAAUAUACAAUAGCUACGAAGCUUAGGGGGAAAAAAGUUGCUGGAACAAAAUACCUGAGGUAAACAGUAUAUAAGGAAGAAAGAAAGGUUUGUUGUGGCUCACAGUUUCAUGGUGGAGAUGCAUAACAUGGGCGAUGCUCACCUUACUGAGACUGGGAGGAAAGAGCGAAGGGCCAGGCUCCCUUCACAGGCCAAGCCUCAGUGAUCUAAGUUCCUCCUACCAAGUCCUUCACACCCAAGUAAUGCCGGAAGCUGGGGACCAAGUCUCCGCUUUUGGGUCUUUGGGUGUCAUUUAAAAUCACGACAUCAGGCGUUUAAGGAACUCUGCCAAAUCGCUGCCUGAGCACGCACUAGUUUAAUAGAAUGGUUCUGAUACCUAGUGCAUGUGAUGAGGCUACUUCAGAAAAACUGCAGAAAUAACAAGAAAAGGCAGAAAUAACAAGCGUUCGCUGGAAAUAGCAACAACAGGCCACGGGGGCGUAGGGAGAGACGCAGAGAUCCAGAACCAGCCAUCAGUGCUCACUGUGCGGGGUCAGCAUGCCCUGCGUCCGGCAAAGAAGUAAGCAGGGGCUGGGCACAGAAGGAAACACCUAGAAAACGCUCCCAGGCUCACCCAGAGACUGUGCUCACUGGAGCAGGCCUUCAGACAACCUCUGUCGGACAAACUCAGAAAGCUUUGAUCCGACCACAGACAGUUGAGGUGAAUUGGGACAAGGACGGCUUAACAGGAUACAGCGAGAGAAAAGUGGAAGGAAUCAAGCAGGAAUUCCUGAUUUGGAAAGCAAGACCAGGUGAUGUGGAGAUGUCCCUGUAGGGCUUUGGCGACCAAAGGGAGAGGGCAGAAGAGCCAGGGGCGGUGAUAACAGACCCCUGAAACAGCCAGUGUGAGGAGAUUUUUUUUUAAACGACAGUGAACGGUUAGAUCUUGAGAGACUAAGGCACAACAUGUGUGACAGGAGUUCCAGAGAGACUGAAUAAAAAAGAAAUAUUUAAAGAAAUACAGUGGCCCAAACCUUCCUAAUUUUAAUGAAACCCACAAACCUCUACUCCAGGAGACUCGGUGGUUACCAUGGACAACAGCACUCUCACGGAGGCCUCAGAUUGCUAAGAGACAGGGAUGGAGUGAACCUUGACACAGCGAGAGAUGCCUGGCAGCUGAGGCUUUGUCUGAAGCCAUGGGAACAGAAGGAGGAUUAUGACACAGGGUGCUGAGCGGGCUAUGGGGGAAAUAACACAGGAUCCUUGGAUCGGGCAGAGUCCUAGCUGCCAAAAAGGCAACAUCCCCGGAUGGGUUGAUGCCACCAGAAAGGAAAAAGAGGAAGAAGAAGAAGAAGAAGAAGAAGAAGAAGAAGAAGAAGAAGAAGAAGAAGAAGAAGAAGAAGAAGAAGAAGAAGAAUAUUGUGGAUGAACUGACAUGGCCCCAGCUGGUGGCUGGGCCAUAUUGAAGCAAAAAGUAACAGUAAAGACCUCAGUUGACAUCUGUCACCCAGCCCUCUCUCCAUCCCUGGUCUGUAGACUCUGAUGCCGGACAGGACCCUCUAAGGCUGACCUAAGCUAUGCCUCAGUGGAUACUUGUUCUUUAUAGGGCUCUCCGUGGUCACGUCUGGCUUGGACUAGUUGAUUCUUUAUCAGUCUGGCUAACUGUGGUCAGUUCUGUCGUCGUUCCUUUCAAACAACCAACUUUGGAGGGUCAGUCAUUGCUUUCCCAUUUUCCGUUUCAUUUCUUGGUUCUCUUGUCUUGAUUUCCUUCUUAGCCUUGGACAUCCCAACUCCUCCUCUCUCAGUUUCUCUGUGGUGUGGGGACAGACGGAUGUGAGAUUUUUCCUCCUUUUCUCAAUUAGACUUCCUCAGCUCCCUGCUUCCCUCUGGAGACAGGUCUGGCUGUGUCUUAUCAGCUUUGGCAGCUGGCCCUUCUUCUAGAUAAACCCUUCCUAAAUCCCUUUAAUCCUCUUUGGCAUCCAGGCUGUCCAUGAUGUAAGUUUACUGCACCUGAAACUAUGCUUACCUCUAAUUUUGCUGUCUGCUUGCUUCCUGUAUGGUCAGGGAAGAUACUUGUUUGGUUUCCGUCACUUUAAAUUGUUGCCCUGGUUUCGUGGCCUGUCCUGUUGUCUGCUGAGAGAAUGGUUCAUGUGCGUCUAGAGGGGAUUUGGUCUGCUCCUGCUUGGUUUUAUUUUACACUUGUUUAUGGAGACUGGCUGGCUUCUAGUAUUCUUCCAUUCCCCCAUUUCCUUAUUGAACGUGGAACCAGUUCUAGCGUUUCAUUUUGACUAGAGGGAGGGAGACAUACCGAAGUCCCCACUGCCACCCUGGAGCUGGAAUUGCCCAGCUGGUCGACCCUGCUCAGUUUUGCUUCCUGUGCUUUGGAGGUCAGAGACAAGGAAUGACAUCUGGUACCACCGAGGGUUGCCAGACCUUCAUGAGGGACUCUGCUUAUCACCCUGUGAGGCUCUGUGCCCCUCCCCUGCUCAUAAGCCACCCAAGCUUACACACCAACUACUUCCUUACUGGCCACUGACCACAGGCCACGGCCACCUUUCUGGCUGUGGCCAGCUCCCUCCAGGCAGGCCUCCUAUCUCCAGGGUACACCAUGGCUGCUGCCCCCCCCCCACAGAAUUCCACAGUUGCUCUCAUUGUAAGCAAAUUCCUCCGGCCCUAACUCUGUGAGGUCUGGAGAAGCAUGGCCGCCUGGGGGGAGUAAGCUGAGGAAGCAAGACUCGAACUUCUCCACUUCCACUCCCCUGGAGAGCACGCCAGUGAAAGUGUCUUCACUGUCCACAGCUGGGUGGAAAGGCCUUGGCUCUAAGCUUUGGCACUAGAUGUUUGGGUACAAGACAUUGCCACCGUCCUCCCUUCUGCGUCGAUUCCGAGGCUAGGCAGAUGUGUGCAGCACUACCACGGCAGCCUGUCUGUAGGGUCUCCUGUCGCCCCUCCCUGUUCAUCCGUUCCUGUCCCACAGCAGUCCCUGGCUGUCACUGGUCUGUUUUCCGUCCCGGUAGUAGCUACUUGUUACCAAAUCCCAGAGGAAAGGAUUGUUUCUGCUCACAGUCUGAGGGUACAGUCUAUGUGGGGGAGGGGGGAGGCUGGGCGGCAGGUCCAGAGGCAGAUGGGAAGUGGGGCUGGCUAUAAAGCCUCAAGGCCUGCCCCACCCCGUGCCCCAGUGACACUCCUUCCAGCCCGGAUCCAUUUCCUAAAGGUUCUACAACCUUCCAAAGUAAGGCCGCCAACUGGGGACCAAGUGUUCAAACACAUGAGCCUGUGGGGAACAUCUCGAAUCCAGAACACAGCCGUCCUCACCGUACCCUUUCCCAGGACGUCUUAGACACAGGAUCACACAUGCUGUUCCACACCCUGCCACGGACUGGGCAGACAGACGUUCAAGACGGCAGAGCCGAGGGUGGCGUGUAGUUACACACUGCUGCCCAAGCCAUCACGGAAAUGCAAAAUGAGGCCCCACCAACAAGCUCUGUACCCCAGGUCCACUAGGAGGACAGUGGGUCUCGAGUGGAGACUGUUGACAGGUUCGAGCCGACCACCCCACUUUAUUUCUGAGUGUGCCACGCAAUCACCAUCUCCCCUUUAUCUCCUUGCUUCAUGUUCGGGGUUGCAAGUGUGUGAUUUUCAUUCCUCAACUUUGCCUCUUUUUUUUCUUGAAUUGGACCGUGACUUAGCGCAGGACAGUGGUUAAAUAACAGCUCUAGAUUUGGGACUCUGGAACGUUGAGUUCAGCACAGCCAUGUGGCUUACUGCUCCUCCAACAAUGCAGUGUAUUGAGGCCCUUCAACUCCAGAGCACUCUCAUCUUGCUUCUGCAGAUUCUCCCUCCAUAAAGGUUUAUGAGGUGCUCGAUACAGUCCCUCAGUUUAUCCACAUGCGCUUCCUCCGAAAUACUCCAGUGCUUUCUCAUUGGUGUCUGGCUCGCGUCUCCAAGGGCAUUAUUCUCUGUGAGUGUAGAGCUCUACCUUGGCGCUUGUUUCCUUUCUGAUGAGAAGGAAUGCUUCCAUGGCCUUCUGGUCUCCAUCUUCCCAUCAAGAAGUCAUCUGUCUGUCAUGUCUAGUCUUUAAAGGAGCCGCUACCCCUACCGACUGUCAUUGUAUUUCAGCGCGCAUGUGUGGAAUCCCGUGCACUGUGCUUCACUAAAUUCUUUUAAGUACAUGGGAACUACACUCUCUUUGUACUUAUGGACCGAUGUCUUGCAUCAGUUUAAAGCCCCUGCCUGUUUGUAUUCAAAUACCUACACCACACACACACACACACACACACACACACACACACACCCCGCAUCCCCUUGUCUCUCUUAGGAUUCAAAACCUCUCCCACCCUGUCCCCUACUCUAUUGAUUCAUUUCCUCUACUUCAGCCAUCCCCCAUCUCUGCAUUCAGUCAUCAAACCCCUCACCUCCUUCCCUGAACUAAUCUUCUCUUCAGCUUUGUCCGAUAGGCUGUUAAUCUAAUCUACUGCGGAAGGAAUUUUUAGUUUUCGUGCUCUUCAUUUUUUAGGAUUUCGUUCUUAUUUGUGGACUGCAAGUUGCCACUGAAAAACUCUUCACCUCUUUUCCCAAUUUACCUGAAAGAUGUGUCACUGACCCUUCAAGGUAAAUGCUUCUUUUGAUCUGGAGAGAAACAAGAGCAUUGCCAUGGUUACCUUUUUUUUUUUUUUUCAGUCCAUCUCCACCGUCACCUUCUUUGCUUUUGUAGUACUGGGGACCAAACCCAGGGCUUUGUAUGUCCCAGGCAUUCGCUCUGCUGCCAAGCUAUGCCCCUACCCCCCGUCAGUCAAGUCCAAGUGUGACUAUUUUAAUAUCUAGAUCUCUUGUUGUUCUCUUGACUCUUGGUCCAAUGGUCUUGUCUUCUAGAAUAUAUGGUAAGGCUUGGCCAAUGGCAAGAAUUCACUGUGAAAAUAAAAAUCUAAGAUCCCAUGAGUCUCUAGUGCUGCUGGCCAGCUCAGACUGGACAGCUGCGUCUCUGGCGAACAGUUGGUCUGUGAGCAGCUUACCAUGUUCGGCUGAGCUGAUUUACAGACAGGGCUGUCCGGUUUCUGCUUUGCUUUUUCCCAAAGAGGGUCCUGCAUUCACGGUCAGUGAUUGCCUCUGAAAAGACCAGUGUUUCCCAGACCUCUCCACCUCAGCCAGCUUUGGACUCUGCUUUGUCCUCUGGUUCUGAGACCACCAAAAGCUCUGGUCGGCUUCCCCACCUCUUGGGAGUGAGCUGUAACUCAGUCAAUGCCUCAAGAGGAAAAUCCAUAGUAAUUAGGAAUCUCCCAGUAAUGGGGAUUUGGUCCCUCAAAUCUUAGCUAUCUCUAGGCCUCCCAGUGCCUUCAAACAGAAUUCAUUUGCCAAGCUGGCUUCUCUAUCUUCCCCUGCUCCACCAGCUAAUAAGGGUCCAUUCGCCACUGUGGAGCAUGGUCAGCAGAAGGUCUCAUACAGAGUCAGAACAAGUCAUCACAAUAUCUUUCCUGAAUCCAGCCAUCCUGCAACAAUUUCUCUGAGAGGAAAAGGUGUCCAUGCUUUUUAGAGACUUUAUUCCAAGAAGAGACCAGGUCUUUGGAGCCUGAGCGGUGAAUGGGACAAACCAGAUCCAGCCUGAGGGGAUGCAGUGUGCUGUGAAAGGAGACGCUGAAUAGACCAGACAGGCCAGAUGUGGGUGGAGCUUAUCUGUUACCACAACUCACAAAGCUCCAUUUCUCAAACACGGGCUGAACUCCACAGCCCCAAACAGAGCGGCACACAACCUUCCAUCCAUCUGUGCCCAUCAGGCAUCUGCCACUUCCAUACCCAGACCUGCCUCAUGCAAACUGAGGGACAGGGCAUCUUGUCCCCCACUCUCUGGAGUAGGAGCUUCACUGGGGUGAUGGGGCCACAUGAGAUGGGCUGCCUGAGACUGACAGGACAAUCUGAAACCACUGGUUACCUCUUUCAACCUGAGCUGUGCUGGGUGUGGAGUAGCCGCUGACCACACGUGUUACUAUCUGUCCUACUUCAGAAGCCCCAGAAGGUCCCGGACACUGGCACUAUUUUGCAGCUAAGCCUUAGCUCUCACCUCCACAAGCUUCAGAAGGUCCAACGCAUUCUACGUAAGAGCUGGGAUGCUCUCACUUAUCUAACAAGGAGGAAGGCAGUAAAGACUCUGACAUAAAAUACGUGAAAAAUGAAUCAACAACACAGAUUAUAGAGGUAUGAGACUGAUCCAUAGGGAGAGCGAGGAAGGCUGGCCAGGAGAAGCAGGGCAGAAGAAUAAGAGAACAAGGUAGGAAGCAGGCAGGACACACAGGCACUAACCCACACGGUGGCCCUCAUGGCUCAGAACUUGGAAACCCUACCAGGAGUUGUCAGCCUGCCAAAGUGGGAAGAUGAGUCCACCUUUCUGCAGCCUCAGGCACAGAGCAGGGUGGACAGUGUUACAGGGCAAUGCAGAGGUAUGCAGGAGCUGAGGAGAUGCUGUGGAGAGAUUCGGGCAGGGGCCAUUGGCCAGUAGCCCUGGACAGGCCACUGCACACAUCUGGCAUUUAGGAACUGUCACAAAGUAGCAGCUGUCCUCAUCCAGAGCUGGGCUCUGGGAGAGGUUCUGGGAUGAGGGCAUUGUUCCCCUGGCACUAAUUCUUGAAGAGGGAGCAAGGGUCCUGGCAUCUGGCCAUGGCAGAAUGACAUCCCUGCAGCCAUAGGAUGGCUGGGACAAGUCCAACCAGUGACAUCCCAACCUCAUUGCUCCCAGCACCACACACUGGCAGGAGACAGACAGGCCUGACAACAACAUCCCAGACAAACAAACACCCUAAUAAUGGCCAUGAGCCACACCAAUAAGGAAGGUUCGCCAAGACAGACAACAGCGCAGGAGUAUAAAAGCCGACGGCCCAGCACCUUACACACACACUCACACGCACACCUCACUCUCUCAUUCACUCACUCUACUCUACUCCAACCCAAGCUCUGCCAUGGCCGCUUCCACCAUGUCUGUCUGCUCUGACGCUCGCACCAACUCCUCCUGGCAGGUGGAUGACUGCCCAGAAAGCUGCUGUGAGCCCACCUGCUGCCAGUCUAGCUGCUGUGCCCCCAGCUGCUGCCAGCCCAGCUGCUGCCAGUCAAGCUGCUGUGUCCCUAGCUGUUUGUGCAGUCCCUGUUGCCAGUCUGGCUGCAGCAGCUGCUGCACACCCUCAUGCUGCCAGCAGUCUAGCUGCCAGCCAGCUUGCUGCACCUGCUCCCCCUGCCAGCAGUCCUGCUGUGUGACUCUCUGCUGCAAGCCUGUCUGCUGCACACCCAUCUGCUGUGGAUCCUCCUCGUGCUGCCAGCAGUCUAGCUGCCAGCCCUCAUGCUGCCAGUCCUCAUGUUGCCAGCCAUCCUGCUGUGUGCCUGUUUGCUGCAAGCCUGUCUGCUGCACACCCAUCUGCUCUGGAUCUUCCUCAUGCUGCCAGCAGUCUAGCUGCCAGUCCUCAUGCUGCCAGCCAUCCUGCUGUGUGCCUGUCUGCUGCAAGCCUGUCUGCUGCACACCCAUCUGCUCUGGCUCCUCCUCCUGCUGCCAGCCAUCCUGCUGUGCUCCUGUCUGCUGCAAGCCCUGCUCCAGCAUGUCCCUGCUCUGCCGCCCCGUGUGCAGACCCGCCUGCUGCCUGCCCACCUCCUCCUGCUGUGCCUCCUCCUGCCAGCCCAGCUGCUGCCGCCCAGCCUCCUGUGUGUCCCUGCUCUGCCGCCCUGCCUGCUCCCGCCAGGCCUGCUGUGGCCUCUCCUCGGGCCAGAAAUCCAGCUGCUGAUGGAUCUGUCUACUCUAGGCUCAUGUCCUCCUCCCUGAUCCCUCUCAGCCCCUUUAGUCUGCCCCUGAUGUGAGAUCUUCCCAGGACGGAACCCCAACAUGUUCUCUACACUGAAUCGAGGUAUCCUCCUGUCUCUCAGGAACCCCACCUGUACCCUGGAUCACUGCUCCUCUUCACAACCCCUCUCCUCUAGUCACUUGUCUUUGGCACCAACCGUUUAGCCAUUCACAAACUCUUUCAUAAACUCAUUCAAUAAACUCUUCUAACUGCCUGGAUCUCCUCUCACGCUCUGAGAAAUUUGCCUUAAGCUGAUGUCGGUCUCCCUGGGCUGUGAUUAUUUCCAGGAGGGAGGGACUUAGCCCUGCAAUAGUGAGAGAUGGUGGCCAUCUGCCCUGGGGAUGACCAGUGGAGCUCAGCAUCACGCUCUGCACAAAGCAGAAUGAGAUAGUGCCAUCAUGCCCCCCCCCACAUCUGGAGAGGGUCCCCAGGAUCCACAUAGGGUCCAGUGGGUAAUGGUCUCAGACACACGCACAGCUGGCCAAGAGAAGCCGCUGCUGGGCCAGGUGUUUCUAGUAAAUAGACAGUAGAAUAUAUCUGGGGCAUCUCCAAGGCCUGAAGUCUAAAUUUAGUACCUGAAGUGGUGCCCUGAGGGGAAUUCCUCUGGAGGGAGUCAGAGAAGUCACCUGACCUAGUUUACCAACAGAAUACCUAAAUGAGUCCCAAGUGACCAGCCUGCUGCCAUCCAACCAGUCCAGACAGAGCUUGAGCAAUUACAGAAAGACAGCAUUCAGCUGAAGAGCUGUUCAGUUUGCUAGGCACACAUGGUGAGAAAAUGUGGCCCAGUAGACGAUCAAUCAAUUGAUGGGAACCCACUCUCCUCAUAUACCCCACACAGCCAAGAAGCUAGGGAACAAUAGAGCAAUUGUUCAAAGAUGGGAAGACAGUUUAAGAAAGAAAAUCUGUGCGGGACAGCUGGAAAGGUGCGCUGUGUGGAAGAGGGGUGUCAGUGAGUAGGGAACGGGACUCCCAGCCACUAAAGGCUUGAGAAAGUCCAUAAACCAUGGGCCUGGCUUGGGUACUGUUCACAGGAGGAAACGAGUGAACUGGAGCAGCAGACAGAGGAGCUCAGGGACCUGGCUUUGUCACCCACUCCUGGUGUCAGAUGUGCUGAGGACUUUGUCAUGCCCAUCACUGUGAUGUCUUAUACCUUGCUGUCCUGGGUGCUCUCAAGGUUCUAGAACCCUGGGGCGUGUCCCUGGGUAGCAACCCCCCAGUAGUCCCCUAUAGCCUUCUCCCCUCACUUAGAACCAUGCUCAGGUCUUUUUAUGCCCCUUCAGGUCCCACUACAUUGCCCACAUUCUCCAAGCCUCUCCAUGCCCCUCUAGCGUCACUCCCCCAUCCUCCACAGUCCUCUUCCUCUGGUGUGAAACAUUAUUCCCUUCUCUGGACGCAUGGUCGCUCCCUUGACAGGCUUUCUCCCUUCUUAGCAAGCUCUCUCCCUUUCCUACAGAGUGUCUCCCCCGCUCCCAGCUGAGGCUCAGCAUCGCUCUGCAGAGCUUUUGCCAUGGUGACUAAAGCGGCUGUGCACAUCCAUUCUCAGAUCUCUGUGAAGAUAUCUCUUUUCAGCACUUCUUAAUAAAUAUGAGGCGUGUGAGUGCUGGAUGGUUGGAGGGGUGUUUGAUUUCUUUUUAAGAGCCCACCAUGUUCUUCCAGGGUUCUGAGCCAUCCUGCAUUCCCAGAAGCAGUGGAGAGUUCCCAUCACCCCUUCCUCCCCAAUAUCUGUUGUUGGUACUUUGAAUUUUGGGCAUUCUAAUAAGCAUAUAGAUUCAUUCUCUCAUAUUCACCAUCUGUCUGUCUGUCUGUCUUUGUCUCUCCCUCUCUUUCUCCCACUCCCUCUCCCUACUAGAGUAUUUCUACAUAGUUCUCUCUCUCUCUCUCUCUCUCUCUCUCUCUCUCUCUCUCUCUCCUCACCUAGUGCUUGUCUCCAUAGCACAAAUUGUCCUCAAACUCAUGAUGCUUCUCCUGCCUUAGCUGAGAACACAGAGAUCACAGAUGGGCCCCACCCUGCCUGUGACUUCCUCAGUUUUCUAAGUUUACACUGAAGCCUUCACUUGCCAUCUGAGCUUCUUCUUUGGCAAGGGCUCUAUCCCAAUCUCUUGCCCAUAUUUUGAGUUAGGUUGUGUCAUUGCUGAUUUGAAGGACCCUUUGCAGUGUGUACAGCGGCCUCUGUCAGAUAUGGGGAGCAGGUUCCCCACCCCGUCAUGCUCUGGCGUCUCUUCCGUUAGUUUCUUUUCUCAUGGUGAAGGAAGGUAGGGAUUAUUUCAGCUCACAGUUUGAGGACACUAUCCAUCCUGGCAGGGCAGUCAUGGCAGGAGUGUGAGGAGGAACACUGAGUCCUCAGGAAGCAGAGAGAUGCUCACAAGGCUCAGCAG